CGUCAAUUAGAGAGCUCUGGCUCUGUAUGGCCUCUCCUUUAGUUUCCAAACUUCUUAGUUUGCCUUCUGUUAGCAGUGAUAUAAAAUCUCUUUUCUGAAAUGGAAUUCCUUUCGCGUAAAGUGAAGUCAAACGGUCAAAUUGACACACGUCAAAUGAAUGGCGCGACUGUAGGCCUCCGAAAUAAACGGUUUGACGCGAUCUAUAAAAGGUGUCUACUUGAAGACAAGAAGAAUUUGCAAAUGACGUGCCCUUGUGAAAGGGAAGGGCAGUGUGUACUCGAGAGUAGUCUGUUUAGGAAUAGGAGUGAAUCGGCGAUGAGUCCAGCGCCCCCCGCGCCGCGUGACAAAACUCGCGUACCAUUCAUUGCUGGCAAACAGUCGCUUGCUGCCAGUGAUUGGACGUGUACGUACGAAAUGGAUCGCGAUCGCAUUGGUGUUUGGGGCUCCGGGGACGGGCAAUCCAAUAGCCGGUUAUCCGGGCUCGACCGUCUGAAACAUCCGGGACUAAACAAGGGAAUGGCGUUCAGUAUCGAAGAACGUCAAGUUAUGGGAAUCCAUGGUCUUUUACCACCCAGGGUCAAGUCACAAGAGGAGCAAGUUCAUCUGUGCAAGCUUUCAAUCGAAAGAUAUGAAGAUCCCCUGAACAAGUACAUCUAUCUUAUGGGAUUAUUGGACCGCAACGAACAUCUAUUUUAUCGCUUCGUGGGUGAGAAUGUAGCGGACAUGAUGCCGAUUGUCUACACACCCACAGUAGGUCUCGCCUGCCAGAAGUAUGGACUUGUGUAUCGCCGUCCCAGAGGGCUUUUCAUCACCAUUCACGAUAAGGGUCACGUUUACGAUAUACUUAAGAACUGGCCGGAAACGGAUGUCCGAGCAAUCGUAGUAACUGAUGGUGAACGUAUUCUUGGAUUGGGAGAUCUCGGUGCAUGUGGUAUGGGCAUUCCUGUGGGAAAGCUGGCUUUGUACACAGCUUUAGCUGGUAUCAAGCCGCAUCAAUGUUUGCCAAUUACCCUCGAUGUCGGCACAAAUACACAAACAAUGCUGGACGAUCCCCUAUACAUCGGUCUGAAACAGCGUCGCGUUCGUGGAGCGCCCUAUGAUGAGUUUAUAGAUGAGUUCAUGAAGGCUGUUGUGCGCCGAUUUGGACAAAACUGCCUCAUACAGUUUGAGGACUUUGGUAAUGCAAAUGCCUUCCGCCUACUCGAAAAGUAUCGUGGCAAAUACUGCACAUUCAACGAUGACAUCCAAGGAACAGCGGCAGUGGCCGUGGCAGGUCUUCUGGCCAGCUUGAGAGUGACGGGCAAGAAGCUGUCGGAAAAUGUCAUUGUUUUCCAGGGAGCUGGAGAGGCAUCCUUAGGUAUUGCAGGGCUAUGUGUGAUGGCGAUGAUGGCCGAAGGUACAGAAGAAGCCGUGGCUCGCAGUCGUAUCUGGAUGGUGGACUCCAAGGGUCUGAUCGUGAAGGAUAGGCCUGAAGGUGGUCUUAAUGAGCACAAGGCGAAGUUUGCCAAGGAUCACCCACCUGUCCGUACCUUAGCUGAAGUUGUCAGUUUGGCUAAGCCAUCCGUGCUUAUUGGUGCUGCUGCAAUUGGUGGUGCGUUCACACCCGAAAUCCUUCGGUGUAUGGGGGAAAAUAAUGAGAAACCGGUCAUAUUUGCCUUGUCCAAUCCGACCAGUAAGGCUGAGUGCACCGCGGAAGCCGCCUACUCCAAUACUGACGACCGUGCAAUAUUCGCGUCCGGCUCUCCGUUCCCGGAAUACCGCGCUAAAGACGGACGUAUAUUGCGUCCGGGACAAGGAAACAACUCAUACAUCUUCCCAGGACUGGCACUUGGCAUUAUUUGCGCGGGAAUAGUUGAUAUUUCUGAGGACUUCAUGCUGCUCGCUGCGGAGGCUCUCGCUGAAAUAGUCUCAGAUGAUGAUCUGAGCCAAGGCAGUCUGUACCCACCUCUAAAGGACAUUCAGAACUGUUCAGUCAAGAUUGCAAAGAAGAUUGUGGAGCACGCGUACAAAACUGGUAAAGCCUCGGUGCAACCCCAGCCUGACGACACGGAAGCCUUCAUCCGAGGUCAAAUGUAUGACGUUCGAUACUCGCCCGCGGUACCCUCUGUAUAUGGCUGGCCUAACGGCGAACCACAUGUGCAACAAAUGUAAUUUUGCUUACUCCCCUUAAUACAUUGCUACAUCUAUUAAUAUGAUUUUGAAUGGCCCGAGUUUAAAUUAUAUUUAUAGAUAAUUCAAAAUAUAAUAAGACACUUUAUAACGCCCAAUAUUACUACUGGUUUAAUAACCCAUCAAUUGAGUAGCAUUGUUUAAGCAACUUUUAUAAAUGCUUUAUCGUCGCUGUAGAAUGAUAACCUCGUAUGUCCAGAGAACCAAACAUUACAGGAAACAAAAACAAUAUAUUGAUAAUAUACAUAAGUUCUUCAUGAUUUUGCCAGAUAAAUGAGUCUAAAAUAAAAAAUAAAUGGUUUUUGAGAUUCGAAGUUAUCAAUCUAGUGACGUUAUGUCAAAAUUCGGAACGAUUUUUCAGGGCCAUUUCAUGUAUGUAUUUAUUUGUUAACGAAGACUACUUAUUAUUAUUGCAAACUCUUACAUCUGUCAAAAUCAAACUAAUCCGUCAAGAGUUUGACAGAUGGAUUAGUUUGCACUUCACUCUGAAUCAUAAGCUUAUGAGUGCGUCUUUAUUUCUUAUACCACGUAAAUACACCCAUGGUUAGUGGACUCAGUUUCCACAGUUAGACUUUCAUUAGGUCCGUUGUGGGUAUAAUAUUAACAGUAUCAUUUUAACUAUUGUUUAUCUCCUUUUAUCGCAGUGUGAACACAAUUUGACAGAAAGAGACGAAAGGGUGCAAUUUAACCGAUUUUGUUAUUAAUAUAAUCAUAAGGAAAUCUCUUUUCGUCUUGCUCACAGCUUUUAAUUGUACCAUUAUAAUAUGGUCUGCUUUUGUAUGAACAACGGGCUGCUUAAGAUGUAAAUGUUGUCCAUUGAAAUAUUUGUAAUUUUCUUACCGUUUCACAAUUUUUAGAAUAUAAUGGUACUUAAAUUUUUGUAAUCGCCUUUUGGUGUUUUAUAAAUUAAUUUUAUUACUGUGAUAGUAGUGGAAUCUUUGGAAAUAAACAUUCCGAGUAUUAUUGUCAAAGAUUUUAAAUUAUUGAUAAUAUUGUUUAAACCAUUUUGACCAAAUAUCUGAACUUUAGUGAACUAAACUAUUUAUUUGCUAAAUGUUAGAGAUAUUUUAAUUUAAUGAAUGACUGCAAAUGUAUUUGUAAAUUUUUAAUAAAGAAAAUUUAUAACCAA